AUAGAUAACAACAGUAAGCGCGUGUCUAUGUUAUCUAUGUUCUCUUUUGACACGUCGUCGGAUGCAAAGCUGUACAGGCAAGAGAGACGCUAACGUUUUUUACAUACGAAUCUUGAACUACUUUUCAUUGUUAAGAUAUUAUUUGAGGGCUCGAGCGUCUCUUGCCUGUAGACAGAUUGCAUUCUACGAAUUGUACAAAUUAAAAAACGCCUGGGGACAUCGAUUAAUUGCUAACUGCUCUUUCUCUGUUUUGUUUAAAUAAUAGAAAAAAUAUCGGGAUCUCAAACAUCGACACGAUUGUUUCACGCAAGCGUAUCCAGCACGUAAUAGCUAUUUGUAUGGCCGGACGUUGCCAAGGACUACGGUUCGAGUUGUCGUCGUCGUUGUCGUCGUCGACGGGAUAUCGUGAGCGGCAUCGCUAAGAACAACGUGCAUACAUACAACGUAUAUACACCACCGGCCUAUGCCGCGUCAGCAAUAUAUGCGGCAUACCGUACUGUGUACAAAAUUGUCGAAAGUGCGGUGUUCCACGAGACGAGACUCGCGUUCUCCCUUUUUUUAUUGCCCGCCGUCGCACAGAUAUGGGAAGGUAAUUGGAGAAAGAAGGAUCCGUCACAGCCCUUCCUGGUAUCUCUCCCCUUCUUCCCCAUCCUGAGAAGAUCCUUCCGCUCUUUAAUUCUUUCAGAGGGAUCACACGGUAUUCCUGUAUCAAGUGUAAAAUUAACUAUAUCUCUCUUUCUCUCUCUCUUUCUCUCUCUUUUUCUCUCCCUCUCUCUAUUUCUCCGCAGGAUUUUAACUGAUAACGCAACGUUGAUAUAAAGAAGGUCACGGACGAGCAAUGACAUAAUAGUAACGUGACUCGGGACAAUAUUAUUGAGAGUUCGACUGAGAAUUGUUUUUUUUUGUUGAGAAAGUUGCUAUAAUAUCGUCAACUUUUUUAUUCGUUCUCUUCAUAUAUUUUAGAGAGAGAAUAUAUAUACUCUUAUGUACAGUUCAAAAGUUCUAAUUAAAUAUAUACGGUUGUACGUACUCUGUAGCUUUUCUUUUUUUCUUUAUAAUUAUUAUUACUACAUCAAAAUUCUUAGUUUCAAAAUUCGUCAAAGUUUUCGAAUUACAAGAUUUUGCCACUUGAUAUAAUUUGUUAACACCAACAUGUCUAUCGAACAAAAAAAACGAUUUUUGUCCAAUUUCAUAGUAAACUUGAUGUAAAACCACGGAUACUAAGUAUAUAUAUUGAGCGUGUAAUUUAUAUACUUCAUGUUACAUAGAUGCGCUUGCACAUUAUAUCCAACAUGAAGCGAAUAGAUCGCUAUCUCUCGUUUAAUUUAUACCGUGUAAUGGCUUUAUGUAUAUUUUCCGAUCUAUGUAUAAUAUGUACGUAGAUUAUAUUCGGUAUGUACCCGAUAUGUACCGAAUAUAAUGCAUACGUACACACGAACCACGGUAACAUAAUCUUUUUAUACAUGACACGUGCUUAUAAGCACACACACACACACAUCUACACAUCAGCAACAAAUCGACGUACAUAUGUAUAUGUAUAUAACAUGCUAUAAUCAUGCUACGAAGGUAUGUAGGGCCACUUAGACUGGUUUAUAAGCGGAGUUACUGUUCGCCAUCCGCAACAAGGAGCACGCACAAAAGUUGUAUUUUUAUUCUAACAAUAUUGUCGGCCACGAUAACGGUGUUUGCGCUAGGACCGGAUUGUAGCGGAGAUCCCUGUAUGUACGGGAUCUGUUUGGACAACGAGAACAGCACGUACUCCUGUUACUGCAUCGACGGCUACACGGGGAUUAAUUGCGAAAUCAAUUGGGACGAGUGCUGGUCAGAUCCUUGUCUCAAUGGCGGCACGUGCAACGACGGCGUAGCCGCGUACAAUUGCACUUGCCCCGACGGUUUCGUAGGUACCAAUUGCGAACAGAGAUACAGCGAGUGUUCGAAUCAUCCGUGUCUCAACAAUGGCACCUGCGUCGAUUACGAUGGCAUCACCUGUCAAUGUCCGGACGGUUAUUCAGGAGAUUACUGCGAGAUCGACGCCUCGGUUUGCAACGAUACUAUAUGCAAGAAUUCCGGCGAGUGCGUCGAAGGACCGGGAUUCUCAUUCUAUUGUCGUUGUCGCGAAGGAUGGACCGGUACCCUCUGCGACGUCGAUAUCGAUGAAUGUUUGGAGUCGCCGUGCAAAAACGGCGGUCUCUGCAUCAAUAUCCCAGCUUCCUAUACUUGCGCUUGUUUAUUCGGUUUUACUGGCAAGGAUUGCGACAGAGCGAUCGUGCCGUGCGACGAGAAUCCUUGUCAAAACGGUGCGGUGUGCUUGCUGGAAGACGAGCAUCAGGUUUGCUACUGCGUUCCCGAUUAUCACGGCGCGUUGUGUGAACUCAAAUACGACGAUUGCGAAUCGAAAUUCGCUCAAUGCGACAACGGAGGCACUUGCGUCGACGGUAUCAACAGCUUCACUUGCUCUUGUCCACCGAAUUACGGGGGUCCGAUGUGCGAGUACAGUUUCUUCUCGACGGUCACCAGCGUUGAAGUAGCGGAUACGUCCGAAGCGGAAACGAGUCCAAUUAAAAGCACGACCUCCGUUGUAUCACCCGAGGCAUCGACUUCGAUAGUGGACACUUCGGUAUCGUUAUCGUCAACAUCGACCACUAGCUCUUCUGUGUAUUCGACGACCCUGAGAGCAAGCAGUUCAUAUUACACGAAGAGAUACACGUCUCCGGACAAGACGACCACGACCUCAGGAUACGAAGAUGGAAGUUCCACCGGGGCCAGUAGCGUUAGUGUUUUUCUUACCGUUCCAUUUGCGAGAUCCACGACUGUCAGAGACACGACUCAAGACAAUCUCGUUACGUCCGAAUCGGUGACGUUGCCGCCUUCCGUAACUACCGAAAGUCACUUUCGCACAACCGAGACGGGAAGCACCGAGGCUUAUUUUCCAACCGGAAGAUCAGUACGCGACGACGAAGUUACGAGAGAACCCAGCGAUCAGACAACGAAGACCACGUACUCGUCCACGUACGAUCAGACCACAAAAACAUAUUCACCGGCUACCGAUAGAACGUACGAAAAUGUGACGCACGUAACGGAAUACACAAUGAGUUUCAGUCAUCAACCAACAAUGCUAACUACGAGUGAAAAGGAAAGGAGCACCGCACCAAGUGUCGCGACGGAACGCAGUUCCACGGACGCAUCGUUUCCAUUCAACACAAGUGUGUUCCAGUAUACAACAGAAUCAGCGCACAACAGAACCCUCGACGUGGGAACCACAGUCGUAGGCUCGCCGAAAACUGUUCUACCUCUGACCAGCUCGUCAACACUGCCGUCAAUAUUAUCCUCCUCAACCGUGAAGUUCGACACUUCCACGGUACCUCCUCCGUUAACACCCACCGGCAUAUCUUUGGCAAAUCAAACCGAUACCGGCAUCACGGAAAUCGGUGCUUGCCGCGGGAAUCAAUGCUCAACGAGCACCACCGCUUUAACUCCGCGUAACGUUACCGAAUAUGCCGAUGGUUGCAAGACCGAUUCUACCAUUACGCAAGCGGCUUUCAACGGCAAAUCUUUUGUCAGACAACACAUCGAAGUGAUAAUCAGCGAUAACAAGAGUGCAACGCUGCAAAUUUACGUCAAACUUCGUACGGCAUUUAAAAAUGGAAUAAUACUGCACGUUUACUUCGACAACGAGAGGUACUCCCUGGUUUACUUGGAACUUGGGUCGUUGAAGUUUCAGUUUUCCUGCGGUCUGGAAACUAUGUUACUCGGCGAGAUCGACGCUGUUAUCGAUAACGGUUUCGAAGUGGGCAUCGAUAUGAGCUUUCAUUACGUUGCCAAUGACGAAAACGAGAAGUGCUUCGCCAAAUUGCUGGUAAACGGCACUAUGUCCGUGACCGGCGAACAAUUACUGCCGCAACGAGGAAUGGUUCCAAGAUACGCCAAUCUUUACAUAGGAGGCAUCCCAUUAACGUUCUCGCAUUAUUUUCCCCACGUAGCUAUGGGAUUUAUCGGUUGCAUGGAUUCUCUGAAGGUGAACGGCAUUUCGCGACAUUUCAUUCACGAUUCCAUGGAGACCUUUCAAAUCGAAGAAUGCACGUCAUUUUUAUGUCUAUCGAAUCCGUGUCAGAAUUUCGGCGCGUGUGAAGAAAGCGACGGUAGAAUUCGCUGUAAAUGCAUAGCAGGCUACACCGGACCUUUGUGCGAGCACUCGGCGUGCAACGACAAUCCUUGCUCGAUAGGUGCGACAUGCGUAAGCUCGCCGGGAACUGGUUUUAUUUGCGUUUGCCCGCUCGGCAGUCACGGACUUUUCUGCGAAGAAGAUGCUAUCCUGGUGCGACCGGCUUUCUCGGUCCUUGUUCCCGGCUUCGCCUCGUACAUCGCUUACGGCGUGCCGAUUUCGAUAAAGGACACAAUGGAGCUGAAGCUACGACUCAUCCCUCGCACGUUCGAUCAAAUCUCCUUGAUAGCAUAUCUCGGACAGCGAGGCUCGCGCCGCGAUGUCUCGGAUCAUCUCUCGAUAACAUUCGUGCGCGGUUACAUUAUGCUCACGUGGGAUUUAGGCUCCGGAGUGCGAAGAAUCUUUACCAGCGACUCAUUGAACUCCCUGAACGUAGCGGGGUCGGCCGGUAAAACUAAAACGUAUAGUGUUCGAAUUGGCAGAAGAGGAAAAGAAGCGUGGCUUGCUGUCGAGGGUCUCAGCAAUGUGACCGGUCAGGCGGUGGGAUCUAUGAGUCAACUCGAUGUAUCGCCAGUUCUUUAUAUUGGUGGCUAUAAGUCCAAAAAUUUCGAAACGUUGCCGCACGAUUUGCCUCUCCAUACCGGUUUCUCUGGAUGUAUAUUUGACGUCGAAUUGCGCACAGAAACGUCAAUUCUUCCGUUGACUGGCUCUAGUCCGGCUACCGGUCGCGGUGUGGGCGAGUGCAAUCGCAACGAAUGCAUUCGCCACUCGUGCAAGAACGGCGCCGUAUGUUUGCAUCACGGAGCGUCGUAUAGUUGUAUUUGUACAAAAGAGUGGGUUGGACCAGAUUGUUCUAUUCCAGCAUGAUUCGCUAGGACUAAUUUUAUCCGCAUAAGAAAAGAG